AGAGAGUGAUCCAAAAGAGUAACCGAGAGAUUCCGACCGAAGUGCCUAUCUAAAAAACAAGGGUUUUUUUUCUCUUUUUUUCUUUUCAAUUGGAUGAGAAGAAGAGAAGAAGAGAUGAAGAGGCAAAAAGUAAUCGAGUUAGAUCGCGUGGAGACGCCCCCGACGAAGGGCUUCAACAUAGACUGGGACAAUGUUCUGGUCGACGAGGAAGUCGUCCCCGACUUGGAGAUCGUCGGCGACAAAACUCCGCCGCGCGAGCCUGCUUUCUCCUCCGGCGGCGGCGAUGAUUCCGCCGUCUGCGUGAAAACCCUCAAGGAUAGCGAGCUCGACGAUCAUCUCAAGCGCCAGAGAUCGCUCCUCUCUUCUUUCGGUGACAGGUUGCCGGACAACGGCGAGAGAAUCCGGUCCAGGAUCGGAAACCUCGAGUACGAGAAGCAGCGAAGGUUCUUUCGCCGCGCCAAAUCGGAUACUGACGAAUGUCAGAUUCUCGUUCAGCCAAAAAGCUCAGAUGUGUUUAAGCAAGCGAAUACAGCGACAGGAUCGAAAGAAGUCUCUCGGUCACCGUUUUCUGCUCAUUUUAGUAUCAAUCUCAAAGUGGAGGCACGACCAGUGAAACUAUUUAACGAAGAGAGUCAAGAUUUGGGACGUGAAAGCUGGAAACGAAAGGAUAGUGGUGUAGAGACGACAACAAAGCAAAGCAAUGGGUGGCGGUCGUUGCCAAGACUAAGCGGCAAGUCUCUGAUCGGUGAAACAAACUUUUAUUCUGGAUUUAAGGACCCAAAAGGGAAUCGCAAACACGAAGAAGCUUUUGGAAAUAGAAAAAGAAAGCCAAAGGAAUCUUCUCCUUAUUUGCUCGUCGAUGAUGAUGAUGAUGAUGAUGAUGAUGAAGACGGCGUCGUUGGCUAUGAUACUCCUAGGGAGUUGAGUUGUAAAGCAUCUCUAUCGCAGAGGUCAAGCCGCAGGAAGACAUUAGAUGAUGAUAAAGUAAUAAAUUUGGAUGAAGAGGAACCUGAGUCUCCAGUGGUGGUAGUAGAGGAAGCACUUGAACUUCCUGAAGGGUUACCAGGAGAUAUUUGCUAUCCAUCAAGGGAUGACCCAGACCUUGUUCAAGUGUCUAUUGAUGAUCUUAAAUGCCUUUCACCUCGUGAAUGUCUUACAUCUCCAGUUAUUAAUUUCUACAUCAGGUUCCUGCAGCACCAGGUGUUUGCAGCGAAUCAAACAGCUGCUGAUUGCCAUUUCUUUAACACAUUUUUUUACAAGAAGCUCAUAGAAGCUGUCUCAUACAAGGGUAACGACAAGGAAGCAUCUUUUGUUAGGUUGAGACGGUGGUGGAAAGGUUUUGAUCUAUUCCGUAAAUCAUAUAUAUUUAUACCAAUUCACGAGGAUCGACACUGGAGUUUAGUAAUCAUUUGCAUCCCAGACAAGGAGGACGAAUCUGGUUUGACUAUACUUCACUUGGAUUCAUUGGGAUUUCACCCAACAAGAUCAAUUUUAAAUAACGUCAAAAGGUUUCUGAUAGAGGAAUGGAGUUACCUGAAUCAAGAUGCUUCUCUACCGGAUUUACCAAUCUCAGAGAAGAUAUGGAGAGACCUUCCAGAUAGAAUCAACGAAGCUGAAGUGAAGGUUCCGCAGCAAAAGAAUGAUUUCGACUGUGGUCUGUUUGUGCUCUUUUUCAUACAACGGUUCAUCGAAGAUGCUCCUCAGAGGUUGAAACUGCAGGAUUUGGGGAUGAUUCAUAAGGAGUGGUUUAAACCAAGUGAAGCCUCCGCUUUGAGGAUUAAAAUAUGGAACAAACUUAUUGAGCUAUUCGGUGAGAGUGUAAUCAAAUAGAUUAAAGCUGUACAGAACAGAACCUCCAUGAUUCAUGCCAUACAUAACGCUCGGUGAUCAAUGCUCUCCUUUUUUUUUGUCAACAGAUCAAUGCUCUCUAAGUAGGCUUUUUUCACAAAUCA